AUGAAGUUAUUAUUACUAGGUCUUAUACCAAUUGCAAUGUAUUCAAUUAUGUCAUCAUUAUAUUAUACAUGGUUACCAACAAAUUAUAGAUUUGAUAAAGAUUUACUACAAAGUUUAGUUAAUGAAACAAUUACAUUACAUCCAAAUAAUGCAACAGAAAUGAUGAUUGAUCUUGGUGCUAGAAUCAAAAAAGAAUAUCCUGAUAUUAUAAAUGAAUUAAAUUUUAAAGAUUGGGUUUACAAUAACGCAGGUGGUGCAAUGGGAAUGAUGUUUAUAUUACAUAGUUCAAUCUCGGAAUAUUUAAUCUUUUUCGGUACUGCAAUUGGUACUGAGGGUCAUACAGGAGUACAUUUUGCUGAUGAUUAUUUUAUGAUUAUGAAAGGUGAAGAAAGAGCAGGAGUACCUGGUAAAUUAGAACCUGAAAUUUAUAAACCUGGAGAUUGUCAUCAUUUAAAAAGAGGUGAAGUGAAACAAUAUACAAUGCCUGGUGAAUCUUAUGCGUUAGAGUUAGCUCAAGGUUGGAUACCGGCAAUGUUACCAUUUGGAUUUGCUGAUACUUUAAGUUCUACUUUAGAUUUUGGAACUUUUUCUAAAACUUGUUAUUUGACUGCUAAGGAUAUGAUUUCAAAUUUACUUAGAGGUAAAUUUUGA